ACACAGUGUCGAUGUCGAUGUAGAUGAGUAUCAAGGUGACCCUGAGUACGUCGCUGAGCGAAAAGCGAAAGAAGCGGCAGAGCACAUCGAUGGGCCGGUUUUGGUAGAAGACACAAGUUUAUGCUUUAAUGCACUUGGCGGUUUACCUGGUGUGUACAUAAAGUGGUUUUUAAAAAAACUGGGACCACCUGGUUUAUAUCAAAUGCUAGCUGGAUUUGAUGACAAGUCCGCGUAUGCACAGUGCAUUUUUGCAUUCACUGAAGGUAAAGGACAGCCGGUGCAUAUUUUUAAAGGGCAAUGUGUCGGUCAUAUAGUGCCUCCCCGCGGAACCAAUGACUUUGGUUGGGAUCCAUGUUUCCAGCCACAAGGAUUUCUCGAAACAUUUGCCGAGAUGAGUAAAGAAACUAAGAACAGAAUAAGUCACAGAGCAAAGGCUUUAGAACUCGUCAAGAAGUUUCUUGAAGAUAGGAAUUGA